AUGCAGCCAUGCGAAUUCAGUGGUAAGCACAGCAGAGAGGAUGCCGCGUUCCUAGACAAUGUACAUGGGUGGUAUGCCCACCAGGUGAUGAACUCCACCUUGUGCUUUGCUUGGGGUAAGCAUAAACACAGCUCUCUUUGCCAGUUAACAAAAGGAGCCUCUCGACCAUUUACUCAGUACUGUGCCAUCACAUCUAUCUACUGGCAUACCACCGUCAUGGCGCCAGCGGCAAUCGUCCCCGACAUCGUGGACUACGUAGCGCCCAGGGAAGAUAACCUUGGUCUUCCUGCGCCUACAAGAGUUCGUCUCGAGAAGGUCGGCAUUGAUCUAUCGAAGGGCUACCCUUAUCGACCUGCUGUGCCUUUCUACCUUCAACAUGUCUACGCCAUCCGAAACGAGGACCGUGAAUACGUCAAUGCCGGAACCAGAGCCAGUCCAAGCAAGAAGGCUCUCUUCUCCGCCGCAAAAGAAGUGAAGCAUCUCACAAGCCACAUCGGUACCGAGAUAGUUGGCCUCCAGCUCAAAGACUUGACCGACCAGCAGAAAGACGAGCUAGCUUUACUAAUCGCCGAACGGAGCGUCGUCUUCUUCCGCGACCAAGACCUCAGUCCACAAGCACAACUCGAGCUUGGCCGCUACUACGGUGAAGUCGAAAUCCAUCCUCAAGUCCCCCACGUCCCAGGCCUCCCAGGCACAACCGUCAUCUGGCCCGCCCUCGCCGCCACCGAGAGAGCCGCAGACUUCCGCAACCCAGUCGGCACGCAAAAAUGGCACACAGAUCUUGUGCACGAGAAGCAGCCAGCGGGAAUCACCCACCUCCACAACGACACCGUCCCCGAAGUCGGCGGCGACACCCUCUGGGCAUCUGGCUACGCCGCCUACGAGAAACUCAGCCCGAACUUCCGCAAGAUCAUCGAUGGCCGGUAUGCAGUGUACAGAUCUGCGCAUACAUACCUUGCCCGCAACGAUCCUCACGCUGGUCCCAAGUAUAUUGAGCGCGAGCACCCGCUGGUUCGCGCACAUCCUGCUACGGGAUGGAAGGCGCUGUAUGUCAACCGAGCUAUGACUGACAGGAUUGUGGGGCUAGAUAAGGGGGAGAGUGAUGCGAUCUUGCAGUAUCUGUUUAGUGUGUAUGAGGGAAAUGUUGAUAUUCAGUGUCGGUUCAAGUGGACUCCGGGGACUUCGGCGCUGUGGGACAACAGAAUCACGAUGCACAAUGCCUCGUGGGACUACGAGAACACGGCUUCAAGGCAUGGAACACGAGUCACGAGCUUGGCGGAGAAGCCUUUCUUUGACCCUUCGGCGCCGACGAGGCGACAGGCACUUGGAUUGGCUGGGCCUGGGGAUGUGUAG